GACUUGCUCUCUCCUUUUGUUAAAUAUUUCAUCUCACCACAUUUCUUCCUCUUUAUAUCUAUCCCUUGCCCUUUGAGUUCUGACUACUAAUAUAUAACUUGAUAGAGAACUAUACUACUUAAGAUUCCCAAAACAUCACCAUAAACCCAGUAGAGUUAAACUCCCGUGUUCUUUCCAUCGAUCUUCACCUUCAUCGGCAUGGAUUAUUCAACAGGAAAAUCUCCAAGAAGAGAGCUUCAACUCCAAGGUCCACGUCCAACGCCUCUCAAGAUACACAAAGACUCUCACAAGAUCAAGAAACCUCCAGUUGUACCACAACCGUCACAACUACCAAACCAGCAGCAGCAGCCCCAUCACUACCAGCAGCCACGUCAACCGGUCAUAAUCUACACGGUGUCCCCGAAGGUCAUCCACACAAACCCUAGCGAGUUCAUGGACCUUGUCCAACGCCUCACCGGCUUACCACCAUCGAAUUCUUCUACUACAUCUUCUUCCCCGCCUAGAAAUAACAAUAUUCAUCCUCCGAAUUACGUUAACUAUAAUAAUCCUCCAGCUCAUGAUGAUCAAGGGAUGAAGAAAACUAGUACUGCUCAAGAUGUUGUGGAAGAAAUGGAAAUUAUGGAUGGUGGUGGUGGUGGUGAUGGUGGUGUGAGGCAAAAGGGUUUGUUUCCAGGGAUCUUGUCGCCUGGGCCCGCUUCGCUUACUCCGAUUCCUUCAAACUUCUUCUCUCCACCGGCGGAUAGCUUCUUUCAUGAUUUGAGCCCCGUGCUCCAUGGCAACAGGAACUUCAUAGAAGGUAGUUUCAUGCCUAGUCCGUCAAACUUCUUUUCCCCGUCUACAUCCAUAGACUUAUUCAACAAUUUUCCAUAUCAAUAGUUUUUCUCAUUUAUUUUCUUGUUAUCAAAUUCUUUUACUUCAAAGAAAGAAUGGGAACACAUUGUAGGAGAAUUAUUCAGAGAUGUGGAUUCUCUUGGUUUAAUUUCUUGGAGUUUUCUCGGUUUCUUGAGGUUCCCUUUUUUUAGGAGAGUUUGAGGGUUGAAUUUCAUUAGUGAAGACAAUAGAAUAUUAAGGGAUUGAGCUGGAAUUUUGAUUUUCUUUUUGGUGGGAAGGCAGGUGGGUAAGUUAUUGAUUAGUAGGUAGUUUAAUAUUGUGGACCAUAAGAUGGAGAGUGCCUAGCUCUCAUAUAUCUUAUGAUACCCAUCCUUUUGUUUUUAUACCAUUUCUUGUCAUGUUCCUUUGGCAUGUAAUUUGCAAUACAUAUAUAGUUGACCUUUCUCAUUGCUCUUUUCAGUUUGUU